AACAGAACAUAAAACGCCAAACAACAUGGCCGAUGAUAUCGCAUCGAUGCGCAUGAUGCAAAAGAAGACACGCAGUGCUUCCAUAUGUGCCACCGGUGGUGGCAGUCUUGAAAAUGCCAUCUAUAAUAUGCCUUCGGGCAAUAAUACACCGGAAAAUGCCGGUACACCAAAUUAUCGUAGACGUCGUCCCGCCACCAGAUCACAGAGUGCUCGUAUUACAGCUGGAAGAUCGGUACGACGACGUCCCCAAGUACAACAACAACCAAUGCAGCAUAAUUUACAAGAGACCCGUUCAUACUGCACCAGUGAGCCACGUCUAAGUGAAACGGAAACACCGCCACAAAGGCGAAAACUAUCACAGAGAAGGCCACAGCAGCACCCGCAGCGAAAAUCCAAUGCAUUUCUUGAUGUACCCACCAUGAACAUGCAUCAUCUCAGAGUUUCCGAUGAUGAGGAUUUGGAUAGAUUACGGACGUUUAGCGCUUCAAAAGGAGGCAUCAUCAAUCGUGGUGACUCCUUUCGUCGACGCCGUUCACGCAGCAAUAGCUUGGCUCCUGUCAGUCCCAUACAUCCACGCAUUGGUGCUCUGGCCGGCUGUACCGACAUGGAUAUGCAGGAGGGCGUUAAUACACCGGCGCCCGUUGAUGUCUAUCACGUGGAGAUGUUGGGCGCAGCGGGUUCGGGCAAACAGUCAUUAGUUUCACAAUUUCGCACUUCAGACUGUAUUAAUGCAUACGAUGGACCAGAAUGUGACGAAAAUGAACAAAACAUUUCAAUUAUAUUAAAUAAUAUUGAAUCCGAAUUGAAAUUUAGAAUAAAUCAACGUGAAACAAAGGACGAAUUGGAAAAAGCCGAUGCCUUCUUGGUUGUCUACUCCUGUGUGGAUAAGGAAUCAUUUACACGCGCCAAAAAUAUUCUUGCCCAUCUGCAAGACAUGGAUUUAAUUAGGACCCGGCCAAUUAUAUUGGUGGCAAAUAAAAUUGAUUUGGCGCGGUCACGUGCCGUAUCAGCCCAAG